AUGCAAUUAUCGGCGGUCUCGCCGAUACCAAAAACAUAUUCACGAACAAUGAAAACUACUCAUUUAUUAAUUCAAGUUGUAUCCAGUGAGACAUUAACACGCUUAAUAAACCGUGAACGGUUCAUUUUACUUCAGCCACAAUGUAUCAUGCGUGCUUUUCAAAUAUGUAUUUAUCUACCACCAUUGUAUGAUGAUCCGUGGCUUAUAUUCAAAGUUCGUCGAAAUGAGACAAUAUGUUGUUUAAUUGGAUUUGGUAUUGGUGUUGGUUGUUGUAUACUUUAUCGUCUUAUAUCAAAUUUUCUUGCUCCUUCAUCAUCAUCAUCAACAACAACAUCUAUUUCAAAUAAUACUUUAUCGUCUUUGUCAAAUAAUAAACGUGAUGCAAAAGCAUUACACAUGGGUCAAGAACAUUCGUCAUUUUGUUCAAAUGGUAAUGAAAUAACUGUAACAUAUACAAAACGACCACGUUCAUCAACAACAUUAAAACCAAGACUAUCAGAAAAUUUAAAUUCAACAUUAGUUAAUAAAUCAUCAUAUCAACAAUAUUCAAAUGAUUCAGCAGAUCGUGAACCCUUACUUGGUUUACCUAUUGAUAAACAUCAUGAAUAUAUUCCAAAUAAAACGUUUACAACCAGUCAUUUAUCAGAUGAAUUGACAUGGUCAGAAAUAUCUUCAUCAUUAGGAACAGUUGGUUUAUUGCAAGAAUCUUAUCAUUCCAAUUCUUUAACUGGUGAUUCAGGUGUUGAUUGUCAAGAAAUUUCAACAAUAAAAUCAUCUCGGAAUCAACAACGUCUUCAUGAUACAACCACAGCAACAACAACGACAACAUCAACUAUUCCAAUUAUCGAUGAUGAUGAUGAUGACGAUGAUGAAUCAGUAAUGAAUUAUUCAACGAAUGGAACAAAUAUAUUACAGUAUACUGGAUCAAGAAGAUAUGAUUCAGAUACCGCACUUAAUCGUGGUGUUUUACUUCAAGAUACACAAACUGCAACUGAAUCUCAUGUUAUGUCAUAUAUGUCAACCGAAAAAGGUUUAGAACGUGCCUUAGAACAAACAAGUCGUUUUUAUACUGAUCUUGAACAUAUUGCAACUGAUUUAAAUAUAUUAUCAAAACGAUAUUCUCAAUCUCAAACAUCAAUAUUACCUUCAUUAUCAAAAUAUUAUCAUCAACAUAAUCGACCAGUAUUUAAUACAAUUGAUGCACUUGAUUGGGAUUGGAAUGAUGUUCAUUCUCCUCCAUUAGUACAAUCGCCAAAAACGUUUCAUAAAAAACAAUAUUCAUCAUCGUCUUUAUCUCGUUUAAAUAAUAAAUCAAAAGUACGAAGAAAACUGAAUCAUAGUAAAAAUCAAACAGAAUAUCAUGAAUCCGAUCUUGAAAUACGUACAACACGUUCAUAUGAUUGUACAAGUUCACCAUUGAAACGAAGACCAAGUUCAGUUUAUUUUGAUUCAACUGAUAAUACAAGUGGUGAUGAGAAUUUUGCAGAUGAAACUCUACAAAUUCCAUCAUCAUCACCAUCGGUGCUAACUUCAUCACGAACAACAGAAUUUUUCUCGACUACUAAAUAA